AUGGUGAACAAACUCAAGGUCAAAGAUAGACUUGAUGGUGCCUCUAACUUCACCUCUUGGAAGUUUAGAGUUCUAAUUGCAUUAGAAGAAAACGAUAUUCUUGAGUUCGUGGAGAAAGAAGUGCCUGAGCCUUACGAUGAGACUAAGAAAAAACAAUGGAGAAAGAAUGGCACGAAGGCCAAGAAGAUAUUCAUUUAUUUCGUAAAGGAUCACCUUGUGCUCAUUAUCUCCAAGUUAAAGAUAGCUAGAGAAAUGUUCAAAACUUUGGAAGGAUUGUAUGAGAUCAGUAACACCAGUAGAUCUCUUUCUCUAAGGAAACAAAUUCAUCACAUCAAAAUGGCUAAAGGAGAUCCAGUCAUCUCCUUCUUCAUGAAGAUUAUUGAAUUGAAGGAUCAACCAUGUGCCAUUGGAGACAUAGUUGAAGAUAGGGAUUUAGUCAUGUUGGAACUUAAUGGUCUUCCUCAAUCUUGGGAGCCUUUUAUCGAAAGUAUCAGUGGAAGAUCUAAGUUACCAAAGUUUGAUCACCUUAGAGAAGAUUGCAUUCAAGAAGAAUCCAGGUUGGCAGCUCACAAUGAAGACAAUUAUGUUCUUGGUACUUAA